UGCAACCCUAGAACCGUGCAUCCUUGGGGAAAACCCUUGCAGGAGAAAACCCCAAGGCGGCUAGAACGCUGCUCUGUGGACGAGGUAGUCGCCUCAUUCCACGGUCUCCAGGUAAGCUCUGUACCAUUUCGACCCAGCGGUUUUGUCUAG